CCACCAAGAGCCUCUGUCUUCUACCCCUUCCGUUUCUGUGGGGCUGUUCUUUGCCUCUUUCGUUCCCUCAAAUAAUUAAUCAAUAGAAAUUUGCUAUCUCUCGGACUCGGAGCAUAGGCGAGCGCUUGCCUGCUUUUAUUCCCGGAGUUUUCAGCCUCUGAUUUUCCAAUAGAUCAGGAUUUUUGAUUUCAUCUGGGAUUUUUUUCAAACAGUGACAUGAUGCUCUAUUGAGGAAUUCUUUUUAUACAUUUAUUAACCUCUAUUGAACGGGGAAACUUACAGAUUCUCCCAAUGCAAGGGACAAGGGGUAGAAUAGGUUCCUUGCCUGAAACCUUGGAAUUUGAUUGCGGAUCUACUUCAAGUAAUGCUACUGUGGAUCAGCAGGUUUUCUGGGAUAGCAUGACGAAUCCUGUAGAAAAUCAAGUGCCUCAAUUUAUGCUUUCGCCUGGUGAUAUGAACCCAUUGUAUGCAAAUUCAAUUAACCAUGAAUGGAAAAGCAUGAAUAAUUGGAGAAUGGGUGAGCCAAGUUCCAGUGGUUCACAUAUUGCAAUUGACAAUGACGAGCAGAAAAGAGAAUAUGGAUGGUCAUCUUCAACAAGUGUUGAUGCUGUUGAUGGUUCAAGAUUAGAGCGGCACUUUGAAUCAACCAAUUUAGUUUCUUUGGACAAUGUCAAUACAAGUCCUAUGUGUAUGAACAACUCCAACCCUCAUUCUGUAACUCAGAAUAUCAACCUAAAUGCCAGUUCAGCAGACACUGGCCAUAAUAUGGGGCAACAUCUUGAGCAUCCUGGCUUGAACAAAGCAAGUGGAUCAGUAAAUGAGCCUAUCCCACCUAUUGUUGGUCCCGCACUGUUUUCUCAUCCUUCUGGAAGUAACUUGGUAGAUAAUAGUAAUGGUAGGGCUCUUGAUGCCCGGCGUGCAUCUUGUAAAAGAAAGACUGUUGAAGGAUAUGUUGGACAAUCUUCAGGCGGGGAAAGUUCUAGCUGCAGCCAGUAUAUAGAAAGCAGUGCUUGGCGUACACGUCCUACUCAGAGUAAUUCUCGGAGCAGUUUAAGCAGAUCUGCCUUGUCAGCACAGAUAAGUUCAAGACAUGGCCCAGAUGUGGGCAAUGAAUCUCCAGAGAGCUUUAAUAAUCUGAAUGUCGCAGGAAGCUCUAAUAGCUUCCUCAGGAAUUCCCGUUUGAGGAUAAAUCCUUCAAACCAACAGGAUUCCAUUCCUUAUGUUGCAUUGUCAAAUGGCAGUGUAACUAGGCAUUCUGCAAUCCCUUCAUCUCUGACACAAAGUUUUCAUCCUGUUGGUAAUUCUCUGGAUUUGAGGGCAGCACCAUCUGGAGAUGAUCUGGUUCCUCAAAGCCAGCCCCUCGGAAUUAGUUCUUCUUUACACAGGAAUAUGCCAUCAUUUAGAUGGAGUGGCAGCUCUAACUCAAGAAACAGCCAUUUGUCAAACUCAAUGAUCAGGUCAGACAGGGAUAAUCUACUACACGAAGAAGCAAGCUCAAGAAGCAUGUCUGGAAGCAUAUUUGAACAUCCAAUGUCUGUGCCAGUGGCUGAUUUAAGAAAUUCAGCUCGAAAUCCAACCAACAGAGCUUCAAGUAGUGCAAAUUUAAAUAUACCAGGAAAUGUUGCUUCCUCACUGCAUACCAGGUCAAGUUCAGCUAUCAAUUCACUAUCUGCUCCGUCCUGGCUUUCUCGUCCCAAUCCUGUACAUCAUCCACGGAGGUUAUCUGAUUAUGUUCGUAGAUCAUUGUUGUCUACUGGUUCUGAGGCUGCUGGAAGUUUCAGCAAUAGCAAUUUUUUCUUGCACUCUGCUCCUGUUGCUUCAUCUGAAGCAAGAGCCCCAUCAUCUCGAGCUGGUAGUCAAGGACGUCAUCAGUCACACUCAAGAUCAUCAUGGGUGGAGAGGCGAGGUGAUAUUAACUUCAGACUUCCCUAUUCAUUGCAAACUCUGGCUGUUGCCAGUGAAGGAAGUAGUAGACUUGUAUCUGAGCUCCGCAGUGUUUUGGGCCUCAUGCGUAGGGGAGGGAGCCUUCGGUUUGAGGAUUUUAUGAUCUUUGACCAUUCAGUAUUUUCUGGAAUGGCUGAUAUUCAUGACCGGCACAGGGACAUGCGACUUGAUGUCGAUAACAUGUCUUACGAGGAGUUACUGGCUCUGGAAGAAAGGAUUGGAAAUGUGAGUACCGGAUUGAGCGAGGAAACUAUAUUGAAACUACUGAAACAGAGGAAGUAUUCAGUUGAAGGAGGGUGUCAAUGUGAGGCAGAACCCUGCUGUGUGUGUCAGGAAGAGUUUGACAAUGGAGAUGACGUUGGAAAGCUUGACUGUGGCCAUGAUUACCAUACCAACUGCAUCAAACAGUGGCUAAUGCAGAAGAAUCUGUGUCCCAUUUGUAAGACAACGGGCUUGUCAGCGUGAGAUUUGUUUCUUGAUCCCUCGACAAUUUUAUCUCCGAAGAUGGAGAUGAAAGGAAAGGUGAAGAUGAAGUGAACUAGCAUAGCUACCUCAGAAAUUUUGGUUAAUUGAAACGAGAAUCGGGUGCUUCUAUUGCUUCGUUUACUAUGUGCAGACUAGUAAAUGGCUGCUCCGUAGCACCCAUUCUGCUUUCGAAAGCUUUCCUUCAUCCGCCCCUCGAUUUCUUGUUAUAGUAUAUUUGUUUUAUAUUUAUCCAAGGCCAAUGAUCUCCACAUGUCACUGAUAAUUGGUGUUGAAUCAAUUGUUAUUGGCCUUGAUCUCUAGUCGAUAUGGCUCUGUCUACAAUCUUCUGUAAAAGAAAUUGCUACAUUGUUCAUGGGCCUCCAAUUGGAUAUUUGGGGCUAAAUUUUAAGCUUAAUUCUAGUAUUCCUUCCGUCCCUUUUAUAAGUAA